AAGGAACUCCAUGAAAGAUGACAGAAGAAGUGAUUGUUAUAGCCAAGUGGGACUACACGGCCCAGCAAGAGCAGGAGCUGGACAUCAAGAAGAACGAGCGGCUAUGGCUGCUGGAUGACUCCAAGACAUGGUGGCGUGUGAGGAAUGCAGCCAACAGGACAGGCUAUGUGCCAUCCAACUACGUGGAGAGGAAGAACAGUCUCAAGAAGGGCUCCCUAGUAAAGAACCUGAAGGACACCUUAGGCCUCGGGAAGACCCGCCGGAAGACGAGCGCACGCGAUGCCUCCCCGACACCCAGCACCGACGCGGAGUUCCCGACCAACGGCGGGCCCGGCGGCGCCGACCGCAUCUACGACCUCAACAUCGCGGCACUUGUCAAGUUCGCCUACACCGCCGAGCGCGAGGACGAGCUGUCGCUGGUCAAGGGCGCGCGCGUCACCGUCAUGGAGAAGUGCAGCGACGGCUGGUGGCGGGGCAGCUGCAACGGCCAGGUGGGCUGGUUCCCCUCCAACUACGUGCUGGAGGAGGCGGACGAGGCAGCGGCCGAGCCCCUCGGCUGCCCGGGCCUGCGCCAGGCCACGGCGCUCAGCAACGGGCAGGGCGCGCGGCCGCUGCACCUGGUGCAGACGCUCUACCCCUUCAGCUCCGUCACCGAUGAGGAGCUCAACUUCGACAAGGGCGAGACCAUGGAGGUGAUCGAGAAGCCCGAGAACGACCCCGAGUGGUGGCGGUGCAAGAACGCGCGGGGUCAGGUGGGCCUGGUCCCCAAGAACUACGUGAUGGUCCUCAGCGACGCGCCCGCCCAGCACCCGGGGCUCUCGCCACCCGUCAGCGUCGGCUACACGGGACCCGCCUGCAGCGGGCGCUUCGCGGGCCGUGAGUGGUACUACGGCACCGUGACACGCCACCAGGCUGAGUGUGCCCUCAACGAGCGUGGCGUGGAGGGUGACUUCCUCGUGAGGGACAGCGAGUCCUCGCCCAGUGACUUCUCCGUGUCUCUCAAAGCAUCAGGGAAGAACAAGCACUUCAAAGUGCAGCUCGUGGACAAUGUCUACUGCAUCGGGCAGCGGCGCUUCCACACCAUGGACGAGUUGGUGGAGCAUUACAAGAAGGCACCCAUCUUCACCAGUGAGCAUGGGGAGAAGCUCUACCUCGUCAGAGCCCUGCAGUGACUGCCCACACCCUGGCCUGGACAAGAUGCAGGGCACACCCGAGGGUGCUCACACAGGCUACCCCAUCGGGUGCUUUGGUCCUUGACUGGCUCCCUCGUAACCCUGGCUCGGUUGGUUUAUUUUCCACUCACCUUCCUUUGGCCGUCCCAAACCCCCUGCCCUGUGUGCAAGCCCACUCCCCUCCUGGCCAGCUUUAGAGAAUGGGGAGUGGGAGGAUGGGGCAGUCCCUCCCUAUUCCUUCCCCACGGGGAGCAGCCUUAGUCUGUGUGGAAGGUUGAUGCUGACAGAGCCCCUAGCUCGAGAGAUGGGUGCCAUUUGACCACCCCAAGAUGCUGUUCUCUCCUGAACUGGCCAGCACGCUGGAAACAGAGCUGGGUGAGCAGCACCAACGAAGGUCCCCGUCCCAGCAGCCCUUGUGCUGUCGCCUUGGCCCUGACGUGGCUCCCGGAUUCCCCAGGGAGUGAGCACGUUUGCUGGUAGCAAUACUGGAACCACCAGGUGAGGUGGUCACGAGGGACUGCCCAGUGCCUUUGGGGCUGUGCUUGCAAUAAAAGACAGGAUUUUCUUGAAAGUCAAUCUCCAAGUGAGGUGGCUCGGAAAGAUAGAUGUUUUAGUAAUUGAACCCCCCCCAAGAUGUGCCAUCCACAUAGUGCUUUCUUCCUCACGCCCUUUGGCUUGUUUAAAUUUCACAAUUCUGUAUUUAAUUCUCAUUGUAAUGAUGUACUGUAGCCAUUUGUUGACACUAAUUCAGAUGAUUAUGGAAAACAGCUGAUCUUUGGGGAAGGGAGCUACCGAUACUUUACACACAAGAUAUAUAUAAAUAUCGAUAUAUAUUAUUUGCUUUACAGGGAAAUUUUUCAGGGUUUACAAAAGAUAUGUGAUUGGUAGUAAGAGACACAAAAUGUUUAUGAAGAAAUUGCAUUCUCUCUUUUUUCUUUACAUUUGAACUUCUUCAUAGUUUAAACAUACACUCCUGGGGUGGCACAUUCCGACAAUUGAAGACAGGAUCUUGAUACCCUGCCCCCUGAACUUGCAUACUCCGUUUUUUGGAUAUUGUAAUAAAAAAAAGCAUUAUGACAAAA